UUGUGAAGGACACCAGGAUGCUGGAUUCCACAGCCAUCUUAUGCUAUCAACGCUGUUAGUCCCUGAGAAGCCAAGACCACGUAGCUGGUUUUGCUGUAAUGGCUGCCUUUCUGGAAAAGGAUGGCACUCUUCAACUUAAACACUGAAAUAAUGUAUCUGUUUGAGUUUAAAUUGUUAAUGAGCAGGAAAUUCCCUUGACAUUCAAUCAAAGACCUGUCCUUGGAAUUUUAUCUGGGCCUCCUUCCAGUAGUGAUGCCAUUUAUCAACCACGGGGGAAAAGAAGAGAAUGAAAAAAGCUCUUUUGCCUCAAGGCACUCACAGAGCUGUUUUCAGUGCCGGGGCAAAGAACAGAUCCAGCAUACUGUCCUCCUGCUAGUUUUUUCCCUUCAAGUGAGGAUUUUCCUUCUCAAGCUCUUACGCAGAGGGGAAAAUAACCACAGUGAGAAACACCAGCCUUGGCAAAAGGGCACGAUACGAAGAUUCUGAAAUGAGCGGAUGAAGUUUUUAUGAUGCUAGACCUGAAUUUCAUCAAACUCCCAGUUUCUUUGGGAGCAAAUAUGUCCAAAUAUAUUUCCCUAUAUUGCUCUUCACAAUUACUUGGGAAUAGAACAAAAAUCGUUGACAGUUCAUCACUGCAAGAACACUGGAGAGAAUGAGAGAGAAUAUGGUACGAACUUCAAAUGAAUCACUGGUGACUGAGUUCAUCUUAAUUGGAUUUUCAGAAUAUCCCCGAGCUCAGAUUAUCCUAUUUUGCUUCCUCUUGGUGGUGUAUCUCAUUAGUUCUCUUGGCAAUGGGCUCAUCAUCAUGUUGAGCAUUGCCGACCCACAGCUUCACACCCCCAUGUAUUUCUUCAUUUCUGUCCUUUCCACAAUAGACUUUACUCUUUCCAACAAUGUACUUCCUGAGAUCAUGGUGAACUGCUUCAUCUACAGGCCCACAAUUGCUUUCUCCAGAUGUUUGCCCCAAAUGUACCUUGGUGUAUUUCUGGUUGCAACAGAGUGCAUUGUCUUGGCUAUCAUGGCAUAUGAUCGCUGGGCAGCUAUAUGCCAGCCCUUACACUACACGCAGAUCAUGAGUUGGAGAUUAUGCAUUUAUCUGGUUGCCACAUCAGUGGCUCUUGCCUUUAUGACCACCCUGAUAUAUGUGCUCUUGCGGCCCACUGACUUCUGUGGCCAUCACAUCCUCAACCAUUUUGGAUGUGAGGUGCAAUUUGUACUCAAAUUAGCUUGCUCCAACACAGACAUCAGUGAGCUCUUUAUGCAUGUCGUCAGCCUCUUUGUGCUAAUCCCUCCCUUUGGCUUCAUAGUUGUGACAUAUGGUCGCAUCAGCCUGGCUAUUCUGCGUAUAAGCUCUGCCCAGGGACGCAGAAAAGCCUUCUCCACCUGCAGUGCUCACCUUGCUGUGGUCAGUGUCUUUUAUGGGACACUCAUGAUCAUGUACUUGAGACCGGAAGGCAAAUCUGUUCAUGAAAAGGACAAGGUCAUCUCCUUAACGUAUGGGGCUCUGACUCCCAUGCUCAAUCCUCUGAUCUACAGCCUGAGGAACAAGGAUGUCAAGGCAGCAUUCUGGAAGCUGGUUGCAAGAAAAAUGUUAAAGUGAUAUACAGAUGUCCUCCCCAUGUACCAUGUAGAUGCCUGUUGCUGACCAUCACUGGUAUAACCUUUUUAAAAAGCCAGUUUGGUCUAGUGGUUAAGGCAAUGAGCUAGAAACCAGGAGACCGUGAGUUCUAGUCCCGCCUUAGGCAUGAAAGCCGGCUGGGUGACUUUGAGCCAGUCCCUCUCUCUCAGCCCAACUCAUCUCUCAGGGUUGUUGUCGUGGGGAAAAAAUGAGGCAGAAGGAGUAUUAGGGAUGUUCAACCCCUUGAGUUAUUUAUAAAAAUAUAAAGGCGGGAUAGAAAAUAAAUAAAUAAUAAUAAAUAAUUUAACAGCAAGCAUUACUGUUCCUAUUAAACACAAGAGGGAAUAAGUAAUACUGAAUUUUAAGGAAGAAUGUGUUACAACCUCAACAACCAGAACUCCCAUCACUUUGGGGGGACAUCAGAUUGGGGAAUGCCAUUAUAAAAUGCUGUAUAUACUUGCAAACAAGCGAAGAAUUUUAGGUGGU